CCCGACAGACUUGCAGGGCUGACUAAUCGAGCUCAAAUUUUAACAUUUGCAUUUAAAAAAAGAGCGCUAGCUUUCGGGUUUAGGUUUUUCGACAAAGCACUUGGUAUUUCAACAGUUUUCUGUCGAAACAGAAGCAACAUUUCAUCCUGUUUUAGGUCGGUUAGCAGACGACAUGGCCACGAAAAACCUGGCGAAGAAAUUGGGAUUACUGAGGCAGCGAAGCCAGAACUCAUCAAAGAAAUCAGUGAUAUCAAAUCAGAUAUUUUCAUACUUGAUUGUGAUCGACUUUGAGUCCACUUGCUGGAGAGAAAAAAAUCACUACAGCCAGGAAAUAAUUGAGUUUCCAGCUGUUGUUUUGAACACGUCCACAGGAGAGGUUGAGUCUGAGUUUCAUACCUAUGUUCAGCCUCAGGAACACCCCAUCCUGUCUGAGUUCUGCACUGAGCUGACAGGAAUCACACAGGUGCAAGUGGAGGCAGGGAUUCCCCUUCAGAUCUGUCUCUCCCAGUUCACCCGCUGGCUUCAGAACUUGCAGCUUGAGAAGGGAGUGACAUUUCCCAACAAACGACAGACGUCUCCUUCUCCUCUCCCCUCCCAGAAACCGUGUACUUUCCUCACCUGGUCAGACUGGGAUCUUGGAGUUUGUUUGCAGUAUGAGUGCAAACGUAAACAGCUUCAUAAACCCGAAGUUCUCAACAGCUGGAUAGACCUGAGAAGCACAUACAGGCUCUUCUACAACAAGAAACCCAAAGGUCUGAAUGGGGCACUUCAAGAUCUGGGAAUACAGUUUUCUGGCAGAGAGCAUUCUGGUUUGGAUGAUGCUCGAAACACGGCUCGGCUGGCAGCGAGGAUGAUGAGGGAUGGAUGUAUAAUGACGAUCACUCGGAGCCUGGAGCGGACACCAGUGACGGCCAAAGCCAUGUUUGGAAACAACGCUCGUCCCGAAGCAAACAAAGAAAAAUCGAACACUCGUAAAAAGGAAAACUUGCUCGCCAGUGAGCUCUUAUCAGCCAACAUUCUUUUCAGAGAUGGUCGACAACAACGCUCCCGUUCAAAGAACACCCCAAGAAGUUUAGACUCGAAAGAAAARGUGACCUCAGUUCCAACGUGUCACAGCCUGAUCUCACCGAAGACCCUGCUGAAUAACGCAAAAAAGACACUUUGGGAUGAAAACAGCAGGAUAAACGCAGCACCGACUGCUGCCAGCCGCUCAGACACAUUCACUGUAAACAGCAGCCACGUUCUGUGCUCAACUACUGUGAGCUGCUUUUCACAUCUACCUCGGUCAAACCAGAUCUUCCAGACAGGUCUGCUGGACGAGAAGGAGGAUACUGAAGUUUUAGUGGAAGCGGAGGAAAGGUGCGGCUCCUACGACGAUGUGGUGUUGGAGCGUGGCGAUGCUAAUGAUGAAACCGACAAAGAAUGGAAUCCUGAGUCCGCUUCAGGUUUUGACAGUGGAUGCUGUGAGUGGGAUGAUCAUUCACGUACAUCAGAGGUCAACGUUGCGUUAGAAGACAAUGUAGCAGGACGCGUGAGCACAAGACGCAACCCCAGGACGCAGAAUAAUGUUGGUAACACAUUAUUAGUCUCCAAAUCUAUAAGGACAAAAGAAACCAGGCAGCAUURAACAAUGUCAGAGUCCAAAACGAAUUUUGCUGUGCCUCAUGUCGUUGACUGGGGUCAGUUAAAUCAGAGCAAUACAGGACAUCUGGCCUCUCCGCAACUUCAGCUAAAGUUAGCCGGCCCACAUAAAAGUGUCCAAACAAACAUCUUAUCAGUCGGGUCUAGGCCAGAAAAUACGUCCACUCCAAAUACUUCCACCACCAGGCACAAGCCAACCAUCGCAAAACACCCCGACCCGCUAAAGUCCCCCUUUACUGUCUACACAGAGAGGAAACAGCAGGCCACAGGGUUCUCCUAUCCCUCUCCACAAACUCCCAGCAACAUCCUCUCCUCUCUGUCGACCAACACACUUUCCUCCUGCGCCAGUCGCAAAGGACCACAGAGGACCACCUCCCCGCUGUGUGCAUGUGGCCGUCGAGCGAAACGCCAGGUCGUGACAAACGGUGGUCCAAACCAGGGGCGGGGCUUUUAUUGUUGUCCAGUGCGUCGCUCAGGAGGCAGAGGCCACAUGGAGAAAAGAUGUGAGUUUUUUAAGUGGGAGUCGGCGCUGAUGAAGGGCAGCUCUGUGGAUUUGUCUUCCAUAUCACUCUAUCAGAUCAACUCCACUCUCCCACACCUGGCUCCAACAAGAAAAAGCUACUGAACUGUUGCAGCUGCACCAUCAUGACUCAGUUACAUUUUUAGCUCAGAAUGCAUUAUUGUUAUUUGUUCCUAAGAGUUUAUUUUUGUAUAAUACAUAAAGAGGAGAGACAUUUGUUUUAUUUUAAUAGUAAAACAUGAGGGUUUACAGAAUAAAACUUCCGUAAAGAGCAAAAUCUUUUACAAAAGUCAACUACAUUUUUUUAAAAGUACAUUCAGUUAUUGUUAAAACAAACGCUGCUUUGUUUAUGUCAUUGUAUAUGUUUUAAUAUAUUUGUGUGCAGCACUGGUAAUGAGUCAGAAUGAGCACAGACUGCUGUGCAAGAUAAAUAAAAAUAAUGAGUUUUUGUCAUAA